CUUUAUUCAAAAAGUCAGUUAUUACUACUACUCUCUCUCCUCCCCCAUGCCAUGGCUACCGUCCCCGUCGCCGACCACCGCCACCUCCGGCUGGACUCGAUCCCCCUCAUCGACCUCCGCCUUCUUUCUCAGUCCGACCUCUUUUCCCUAUCUCUCACUUCCUCCACUUCUCACCCCCUCCGCCGAUGCGACGACGACGUUUUGAUCCCCAAGAUUGACCGUUCCGUCUUCAACGAGUCCGCCGGAAGCCGCAAGCAGACCUACUCACGCCUCCGCCUCGCCUCUCGUAACUCGAAAUUGUCUCCUUCCUCUUCCGCCGCCGUCGUUACCCCACCGCCCGCCGAACCCCUCGACCAGGAGAGCUUUCAGAUAAUCGGCCUCCUCAAGCAGUUGUUCACCGACGAAUCUAGAGGCGAACUUGUUAGCGUACCUAUCGAUUACAAUGAUUCCGUUCCGGAGCCUUUCUGUGAUGUGGUGCAGAACGUCCCCAUUGACGUCGUGGUCGAUCCCGCUAUCAAGAAACGGAAACGAGGGCGUCCGCGGAAGAAUGCGGUUCCGGAGUUAUCCUGUAAGGUUGAGAAUGGGGCUUUUGGGUUGGGGGAUCUGUCGCUGGUUUCGCCCAAUUCUUUGUUGUACAGUUCCGGUGGAGACAUUCGUUCUGUUUCGGUACUGUCCAAUGCAGAAUUGAGUAAUGCUAAGCCUGGCAGUUUUUCCGCACCGGUUGCGUCGAACAAGGUUUUGGAAGAUUCUGCGGCAAGUAUUGUUGGUGGUCAGGUGAAGCGCAAGCGAGGGCGGCCGCGUAAGAACGAAAUUCCCUAUGUUGAGAAUGCCAAGGGUGGCGAUGCGGCUGUUUGUGAUGCAAAGGCAAGAAGGGAAAAGAAAGAGGAGUUGGUGAAUGAGAAUUGGAAUGGAAAUGGUGUGAAUUUGGGUGCUUUGGGGAAUGCUGAGAACCCAUUUGAGGAGGAGUUGAUGAAGAGGACGCAAGGGUUGAAGACAGAGGCGGAGUUAUUAGGGUUUCUGGGAGGGUUGGAAGGGGAGUGGGGGAGUUGGAGGAGGAAGAAGAAGAUUGUUCAGGCCAGUGAGUUUGGAAACGUUCUACCGAAUGGUUGGAAGAUUAUGCUCUCUCUAAAGAGAAGAGAAGGCCGUGUCUCACUCUUUUGUAGGCGAUUCGUUAGCCCUAAUGGGCAGCAGUUUGUCUCGUACAAAGAGGUUUCCUCCUACUUGCUAUCCUCUUUUGGACUUCAAGAUGCAGGCCAUUUAAAACCUAGUCUUGCUGAUUGUAAAAUUCAGGAGGUUGCUAAUCAAGGGGGUUCUGGAGAUGAUGCAAAUCUUUUGUUUGAAGAUGCUAAGAAUGCAAAUGAGCUCAUAAGCUGCUCAAGAGUUCCAAGUACCUCUACAACUGAUGAUUGGAAGCAGGACAUGCUCUUGGAAACCAGAAAUACGUGGGAUGUUCCGAUAGCAAAUGUCUUAAUUAGAUGCCACCAUCAUGCGAUGACUUUUGAUGAGAAAAAUGACUUAGUCCAUCACCUUUUCUCAUCUCAUAAGGAUGCGAAUGGGUGUAAUUCUGUAUUUUGUGAGGGACUUAUAUUUAAAAAUGGGAAUUAUGAAUGCCAGUUCUGCCACAAAAUAUUAGAUGAAAAGUUUUGUCAUAAUGAUCAUGUUGCAACCCAUGUGAAGGAUGAUGUGGAGAGCAUUGAAGUCUCACAAGGACCGACAAGCACAACAAAGAAAUCUGAUCCUUCACUAAGUGGUAUUUCACCGACAUCCUUGCAGAUGAAUGAAUCACUUGGAAUUGAUGAAGAACAACCUCCUACCAUGCCUGCUAAAGAUGAAGUGAGUUGUGGAGAAAUAAAAGAAGAUAAUGUCACUUUAACUUGUCACUCUUCUAGAUGUCAGGAUUCUUGCAUUCAAAAUACAGAUAGAGGCGAAGUUGUUUCAAUUUCGUAUGAAGAGCAAGUUACAGAUCAUAGCAUAGACAAAAAAGAUCAGGAAUAUUGUGAGAAACAAGCCAUAGUUUGUCAUAUGAUCAAUGAUGAGUCAGGAAGGCAUGAGGAGGCUAUUAAAAAUGCUGUGAAUUCUAACAAUGAGGACAAAGAUAUUUAUGAACGUUCUGAUGGAAUGGAUGUUGUCAAGUGCAUUCCUAAUGGCUCUAUGGAGGAGCCUAAAUUAGUUAUUGAUCCUCAAGCUGGUUUAUUUUCCAGCGAGGAAAAUAUUUGUAGUAUUGAUGAUUUUGAAUAUCAGCAAUUUGCUAGUGGAGUGGGAAAUAGGAAUGGUGAGUCAAUAUCUGAUCAUUGUGGGCUUGGGAAUGAAGAAGAAUGUGCCCCAGUAAAGGAUGAAAAUGGAUUUCUGGGUUCUGUGCAUGAAAAAAGUACUGAACUUGGUUUUUGUGGUUCAUUAAUUGAUGAGAAAACACAUUUGGUUGGCAAAGAUGUCAGUAAUGCCAGUAAUGUUUCGUGUGGCACUUUCUAUGAGUCUAAAAAUAUUGGCUCUAGCAGUGAUUGUGUUACAUCAAACACGGAUGCUAUUACUAUUGGUGAUAGAAACUUGGAAAGCGUUUUUGGUGUUCCUCCUUUAAAUGAGCAAGAUUUUAGUUAUGCUGUUAACACAGAGAGGCCCAGUUUUAAAAUGGAGGAACCCUGGUCAGAAAGGAGUUUCCAAGGUGAUGUAUUUUCAGCAUUUGUUGAUGAAAAAAAUGUUAAUAAGUCCUCUAUUGGUGCUGUUGAUGUGACAAACUGUAAGAGUAGUGAAUUUAACCUUGCUUUUGAUAGCAAGGGCCAGAGAGUACAAGCACAGACCAUCUCUUGCAUGGAUCAAGUUGGAAACAAUGGAAGAGAUUCACGUCUUUUAUCUUCAUACGAACAUACGUUUGCUUCAGAAGAUAGUGGGGCUUGCAGUGGAAAAAUAGAGAAAGUUGACCAGGGAAGAGAUUUUUUGCAAAGUGAUCUGCUAAACCAAUUUGAUUAUGAACAACCCUAUGAUGGAGUAUAUAAUGUUAAUAACCUAACAUCAAGUUCAAUGGAUGACUCCAAAAUCAAGGAAGUGAAGUGCUUAUCGAAUAAUGAGGUUUCACAUGAUUUUGGCGGCAAUUAUUCAGGAGUGGGUUCUAAUGCUGCUACAAUCACCGUGGAGGGAAUGAGUUCCGAAGGGUAUUCCUUUGGUAUUUCAGGAAGUAACCAAACAUUUCCCAUCACAAAUGAUGUGCCUGAUAUUUACAGUGGAACUGUAAAGGAGCUUGAGCCGAAAAGAGAUUCUAAAAUUGGUUUAAUUUAUCCAUCUGGUAGAGACAAAAUACAUGCUGUUGGAGAUAAUCUGGAUGGUGGUUCUACUGGCACACAUUGGCAGCGGCCUGAAUCUGAGGAUACUACCAAGUCUGGGAACGGGAUGCCUAUUACUGGCUCAGUAAAGCAGGCACAAACACUUGGAGAUGCCACGCCUGAGCAUAUCUGGAGAACUAAUGAACAAAUCUUCCAGUCGAGAAGAUUAGCUGACACUUUGUCACUUUCAAUGCAAAUGUCGGGCCCUUAUUUGAACUCCAAUGUAAUUUCAGACAAGGAUGCCUAUGGAAAUCUGAGUGCCGAGGAGAAGUUUGAGAGCCUAUCAGGUCUGGAAGGGCUAGGAUCAGUCAGCAUGGAUCAGUUGCAGUUCAAUCUUGUGACUGCUCAAGGAACACGUUCUAAUGAAUCAAAGGGCUUCUCGCAUACAGAGAUGAAUCAAGGCUUUGAUUCUUCUUUUGGCCUUUCAGAUGAAGCAUCAACUUUUCCACCAAAGACAUCUAGCAGGCAUCAAAACAUUACUGUCUGUGUCUGGUGUGGAGAGGAAUUUUAUUAUGAGGGUGUUAGCUCUGGAACAGAAUUAGAGUCAAUGGGAAUUAUGUGUGCGAACUGCCAGGAUAAGUUCUCUGGUUAACAGUCAUGGCAGUUGUCUACUAGUGCUCUGGCUCCACCGAUGAUUCAAUUUUAUACACCCAACACUUGUCAAAGAGAACAUCUUAGAUACAAGGUAAUCUCCCUGCUCAAUCAAGCUUCUUCUGGUCUUUUAUGUAUUAGAAAAAAACAAGAAUAAUGACCCUUUGGACGAGUAUGCUAUAAUCUAAUAGUUGGAUAAUUGAAAUCUAAAAUUCAUGUCUCCAAUUUGUCUCACCUCCCACAUAUCAUGAAAUGACACAUCACUCUAUUUUUAAUUAUUAGCCUUAUUUGUUUUGUUAAUUUUUUAUAUUAUACAAUUAAUAAAAACUAGAUGUUAUGUAAUGAUGGGUGGGACAUGUUAGAGUCAUGAAAUUUGGAAUUAGGUUUUUUUUUAUUCUUGAUUGUUCUACUUUUUUUUUUCCUUAAAAAAAGAAGAAAAAGAAUGGCCCUUUGGGAGAUUAUUCUACUACCCAUUGAUUGGUCAGUUUUUUUUUUUUUUUUUGGGUAAGAACAAUAUUAAUAAUGGUAUUGAUAAUAAUGAUAUUGAUGGUUGACCUUUGGUAUAAUAUGCUGUCAGUGUAUUGUUGCAUUGACCUAUUGCCAUUUUCAGUUACAAUUGUAAUUGCAGGGAGUAUUUUAUUAAGACGCAAUAAUUUUAUAAUGCUGAAUGGUGUCAUGCCCUCAUAUGGGUUCCUGAAUUUCAUAAUGAUUCCUGUUAGAAAUUAAACUGAUGGGGCACUAAUUUCUUUAUUCUACCUAAAUAUAUUCUAUUAUUUAGGAAGUAAGACACUCAAGCUUAAUAUAGUAAUAUUAGAAUUUGAUGAUCUAAGUGGGUGAAUGCCACAUUGCAUUUCUUUUUUUUUUUCCUUUUUUAAUAUUCUCUUCUAAGACUAGCACCUCUCUUCUUUCCAUCAAAAAAUGGAAUUUAACUUUAGAGACUUCUUCUUUUAUUUAUUAAAUUCCAAACUAACUCAUUAAGUCUUUUCGUAAUUAUGAAUACUUUUAACAUUUUUCAUUUUGUUUCUUGAAGUACUUUUAAUCCUUUGAUCUUCUUCUUUUGUUUAUAAAAGUAGUUUUUAUUUGCCUCUAUGUUAUUAGUUAUUUUUUGGUGUGAAAAUGUUGCUUCUCUUUCUUACUUCAAAUUAAGAUCUCAAAGAACUGGUCAAAAUUUUUAGACCUAAUGUUUACUAGAACAAAACUUUUGGUUAACAACCUAUGGCUUCUUAUUUAUACUGCUAUGUAUUUAUUGUAACUUGUUCUAUUGUUGUGGCAUCCAAAUCCAAUCCAUAUGUUCUUUUCAGAAUUUUUGUGUCAAGAUUUCUACCAGCUCGUCAAACACAUACGAAAAUUAUCAAAUUUUUAGGCACUGAAAUAUAUAAGGUCACUAUUAACUCUAACUCUAACUAAGUGAUAUAUGUGCUUCAUUUAGUCUUUAUGAAUAAAAUUUUCAAACAUGUUUAUCUUUAAUUUUAUAUGAUGAUUUAUAGUUAGCCUUAUCUGGUUUUAUUUU